AUGGAUCCCUACUCGGCGGAAGGUGAGCUGAUCAACAUCCACAACCACUUCCAUCAGGGCCAGUUCCAGGAGGUGGCCGACUACAGCACCGAGUCAUUGUCUCCCGAGAAUGAGUUGGCUGCACGUGUUCUGCAGCUGCGGGCACGCGUAGAGCUGGGUGAGGCCAAGGCUGUGCUCGCUGAUGUGAAGAAUGCGUCUGAACCGGCCCUGCAGGCCGUCGGCGCACUGGCCGAGCAGCGUUCAGGCCGCUCCGACGGGGCUGUUGCCACAAUCACCAAGCUGGCCGAGACAGCCGGCGAUGAUUCUACAGUCCAGAUUGUCGGCGGCACUGUACUUCAGGCGGCUGGCAAGUCGGAAGAAGCCCUUGCCCUUCUCUCCCAGCACGAUAGCAACCUUGACGCUGUUGCACUGAUUGUGCAGAUUCAUCUGCAGCAGAACCGCAACGACCUGGCCCUCAAAGAAGUCGUCGCUGCCCGGAGGUGGGCGCAGGACUCGCUGCUCGUCAACCUUGCUGAGUCAUGGGUCGGCCUGCGCCUCGGCGGCGAACGUUACCAGCAGGCCUUUUACGUCUUCGAAGAACUGGCCCAGGCACCGGCCUCCUCGUCGGCCCGUACACUCGUGGCCCAGGCCGUAUCUGAACUGCACCUUGGUCGCACAGAGGAGGCACAGGCGGCACUGGAGCAGGCGGUGAAGGCCGCCCCUGAAUCCGCCGAUGCCGUUGCUAACCUUCUUGUUCUCGCUGUCCUGACUGGCAAGGACACGACCGAGACGACCAGCAACCUCCAGAACAUCAACGCGCAGCAUCCCCUGCUGGCCGACCUGGAGCAGAAAAGCAGUCUGUUCGACAAGGCCGCGAUGAAGUACCAGGCCAAGGUGUCCGCAUAA